AUGAAUUUAUUAGAUUUGAUAUAAGUUGAAGUAACGUAACAAAUUAUUUAGGUUUCAAAUUACUUUCCAAAACUGAUUAAUAAAUUAUAAGAAUUGGGAUAAGAGACUGUUACUAUUAUUAAGCCAGAAAACUCAUUAAUGCAAAUUUAAUUCAUUUUUACUAUUCUAGACGAAGUAUUGGGGUAUAUAAUGAAUAAUAUUAUUAUAGAUUGUUAAACAAUUUAAAUCAAUAGUACGCUUAAUUGGAAGAACAAUUGUAGAAUUACGAAGGAUAAUGCAGAGAUCAUAUUAGGGUAUCGAAGAGAAAAUUAACAAAUAGACAGAAUAGAGAUUGAAGCUUUAUUGUGAAAAUGUAUAAGAGCUAUAUGAUUAACAGAUUAUUAUUGAAAAAGAUUAUAAACAUUAAAUCAAUGUAACAUAAUCAUUUAUAUUUAUUAGAAUUAAUAAAAAGAAAUAGCUCUAUUGAAAAAAGAAUUAAAUGAAUCUUAAAAUAUUAGGAAGGAUAAAAACUAUCUGGAUAAUUCUAAACAAACAAUUAUUUUAGAAAAUAAAUAUAGGUCAUCCAUUUUUUAAAAUGGUUUUCAAAAUUAAGCAUUUGCUAUAAAAUUAAACCAUCGAAAAAAUAGAUCAAUUACUGAAGCAUAAGAAGUUUUAACUAAGUAAAAAAUCAUAUAAUUAUUAGAACAAAAUAAUCUAUGGAUGAAAGACAAUAUUAAUUAUCUUUAGAUAAGACUUAAGAAUUAAUAACAAAUUAAACAAGACCUAAAUCUAGAAUCAAUCCUAAUUAGAAGUCAAUGACUUUAUAACUGACUUCUAUUAAUAAAGGAAAUAUAAUCAAAAGAUCUUGA